CUACUACUACUACGUCUGUCUGCUCUAAAGUGGCUCCUGGAUCGCAGUCUGAGUCAAACCGUGAACUAUCCUUGUUAUAAAUGCAUUGAUCAGAAAACAAGUAUCAUUCACAUACAGAUUAUGAAUAAGCUAGUGUGUUUGAUAUCCAGCAGCCACUUUAGAGUACACACUUAUAACCUUGACAAGCAUGGAGACACACAUCACUCCUUGAGCCACAACAGAAACGCAAGUGGCUGUGGAAGGAACAGUGACAAGCGGGGAUGUGAUUCAAGGUGUUUAUCAAGACGAAUUUUGAAGGUUUCCAUUGUGUCUGAGAGUACAGUGCAUGAGGACGGUCCAAUCCAAUUAUUUACACCUCGACUGAAGAAAAGGUUACUACAAGGCUUCUGGACGAAACAAUAUGGAACGGAGCGAUGUCACACUUCUACUGCAUUUCGCUCACGUAGCAUCAACAGAGGCAACAUGGCAGAUAUGGACCCGACCACCACCACUGCUACCACCACCACCACUACCACUACUACCACCAUCACCACCACCAGCACCACCACCGCGCCUCACCACCUCACAAUAUCACGGGAAACACUGCUUGGUAUUGGGGUGUACCUGGUUAUAGUAGGUCUGAUCAGCACUUUAGGCAAUAGUAUGUUCGUGGUGGUGCUGAGAAGGCGGCUGCGUGCACUAAGGGACGGCCAGACUGUACUGCUUCUGAACGCGGCUUGUUGCGACCUAGCCAUCUCCCUCACUGGCUACCCGUACAGUACCCUCAGUGCCUUCUACGGCGGCUGGUUCUUCGGGGACGUGAUGUGUCAGCUGUACGGGUUCCUUUGCUUCACGCUCAACGAGGUUCAAAUGAAUACUCUGGUUGUCAUAGCAGUUUUUCGCUACAUCAGCAUCUGUAGACCCCAGUUUAAGUACCUGCUCACACCGUCGCUGGCCCGCCGCUGCCUGCUGGUGGUGUGGGUGUACUGCCUGCUGUUCACCGUGGCUCCUCUGCUAGGCUGGUCUCGCUACACCCUGGAACCUUCGACUGUCUCCUGCAGCACUGACUGGCACGACAGGACCACGGCGGGCAUUGCUUACAGCCUCAGCCUCGUGGUGUUCUGCUUCCUGGUUCAGGUGGCGGGGCUGGUGAUCUGCUACACCAAGAUCUUCACCAAGUCACGCCGCCUUUACCUGCGCAGAUCAAACCUAUUCCCGCCGGACGCAUAUGAUGAAUACAGCACGAACGAGGCUGGGGGCGGCUGCAAGUAUUACCUCUGUCUGUGCGAGAAAAGCUUCAAGAACAGGGUGGAGAAACACGUGCUUUGGGUCAAUCUGCUGAUGGUGUUGAGCUUUGUGACCUUCUGGACGCCCUAUGCCCUCUCCUCAGUUGUCUCAAUAUUCAGAGAUGACCUUGGCAUAUUCUGGUACGUGUUCCCUACAGUGUUCGCCAAGACCUCCUGCAUGAUGAACCCUUUGAUCUACGGGCUCAGUCACAAGCUGCUGUACCGAGAGCUGAGAGUUCUUCUGAGUUCAUGCUGCUGCUGUCUCUGCUGGCGCUGCUGGGGGGACACGCACUCUGACUCCCUCACAGACCUGCAGGAUAUGAGGAGGCGGCAGGCGGAGGGCACGUAUGACAAGGAGGGCAUCUACCUGGGCAAGGUGCGUGUGGGGGUGUGCACCUGCAACGGCUGUGUUAUGAGCAGGAGAGAGAUGACAAUAUUGGCGCAGCUCCACAAGACCACCACCACCACCACUGCAGCCACCACCACCACCGCCAACAACAACUACAACUACAACAGCAGUGCCAACAGCCUCACCCACAACACCUGCUCCAUCGCACUGGUGGAGGACAGCCCCAGCCCGCCCCCCGCCACCCCCGGACACACCCCUACUGCUGCCACAGCCAGACAGACAGACCCCACUGGAGUGAGUUACAAGGCGUUGGACACAGACAAGGCCCUGGUCACACUGCCUGCCCUCACACACACACCCACAGCCACACCCAUGGACCGCCCCACCGCUGCCCUGCCCUCCUCCCCUCACACAGCCAGAGAGAGGAAGACCAAGGACAAAAUUUCUGUGGCUGAGAAGAAUUUAGACACAAUGCAAGAUAUUUCUGGGGAUUUGAAAGCUGGAGACAGGAAUUAUGUCGAUUGUGAUAAAGAGGAGGAGGAUAAACAAGGAGAUUCAAUUCCCAUUCCCACAGAAGAUAAAAAAAUUGAGACGGAGAAUUGUAAAGAGAAAGAUGAUACAGCUGGACAUGUUGCGGACAAUACGAGCCUUCCCAGUAAGGUUCCCGUGGGGCUCAGAACAGAAGGAACGCAGGGAAAUGCUCACAAGGUCUCUGUCGCUUUGAUUGAGACACAGAAGGAGAAAAUGGACAUAGCCAAACUCAAGAAUUCUAAAGAUGCCACAUAAGUCAAGAUCAAGAGUGUAGAAGUCCUUGAUACAGUGAGUCCCGGGAGACCAACUUAAGGCCGGCUUAUUAGGUGGAGGAAGAGGAAGUGGACUGGAGACGAAAGAAGGAGGAGGAUGAGAAAAGAAGAGAGGAGGAGGAUUGGAAAGGAAAGGAAAUGAGGAAGAAGAGGAAGAGAGGACUGGAGGAGAAAAGAAGAGAGGAUGAUUGGAAAGGAAAUGAGGAAGAGGACUGGAGGAAGAAGAGGAAGAAGACUGACUGCAAAGAGAAGAGUAAGAAGUUGUACUAGAAAAAGAUGAGAAGAAACUCCCCUGAAUAUGAAGACCAACUAAGAUGAAAAUGAAGAUAAAUUGAAGAGCAGCAGAAUUGUGAAGAUGUUUUCCAAGUAGAGCAAUUAUGUAACUAUAGACCUCACUAAAUCUAACCUAACCUUACCCAACCCAACCUUACCUAAUGUGUAUAUGUUUACUUGGUGACCAGAUAGAUAGAUAUAAACUAUAUUAAUUUAUACAAACGUGUGUGCGUGUGUGUAAUUUAUGUAUAUUUGUGUGGCGUGUGUGUGUGUGUGUAAUUUAUGUAUAUUUGUGUGUUAAAUGUCUCUUUUCUCUGUAUGUGUAGAUAAAAAAUAGUAGUAGUAGUAGUAGUAGUAGUAGAUAACAUGUCACUACUACUACUACUACUACUACUUCACAUAGUCUAGUGUGUGGGACCAAAGUUAUGAACAAUGACAGUACAAAAACAUCAUUAAUACUCGAUAUAUAUUAUUAUUUGGUGUGUGUGAAUUGAUCUCUCUCUCUCUCUCUCUCUCUCUCUCUCUCUCUCUCUCUCUCUCUCUCUCUCUCUCUCUCUCUCUCUCUCAGCCCACAGCCCCACAGUAUGUCCCCCACAGUAUGUUGACAAACCCACAGUCACUCACCACA